AUGAGCUUCUUAAGUUCAUCUCUCGUGGAUAUGCCACUUCUGUCUGCCUCAUGGUCACGCCGGACUCUUUGGAAUCGGUUCUUGACUCGCCUCUUCCGUCUUCAGCCCCUUAAAGGGAACGCAAAGAGCUCCCUUCUGGUUGCUCAUGAAACCCCAACCGAGCAGAACACAGAGGAUCUGGAAAAAGAUACCGACUGUAAGCCACGGGCGUAA